AUGACAGACAACACCUCUCAUAGACUUGGCCUCUGCACCAAUGGGAAUGAAGAAGUCGCCAUUAAGCUUGAGCCCAUCAAAGCAAAGCACCCUCAGUUGGAAUAUGAGUCCAAAGUUUACAAGACUCUGGCCAGCAGUGUCAGCAUUCCAUUUGUCAGGUGGUUCAGCACAGAGUGUGACUACAAUGCAAUGGUCUUGGACUUGCUUGGUCCAUCCCUUGAGGACCUCUUCAACUUUUGCAGCUGCAAGUUUAGCCUAAGACCAUGCUGCAACCAAGUCAACAUUAUUGACUUUGGUCUUGCAAAGUACCAUGACCCCAAGACUCAUCUGCACAUUCCAUAUAGGGAGAAUGAGAACCUCACAGGGACCACUCAUUAUACCUUGAUCAACACUCACUUAGUUGUUGAACAGGCCUGCCAUGAUGACUUGGAGUCCCUUGCUUACAUGCUCAUGUAUUUCCUCUGUGGCACACUUCCCUGGCAGGGCCUCAAGGCUGCCACUGAGAAGCAGAAGUAUGAUUGGAUCAUGAAGAAGGAGAUGACUGCCCCCAUGGACCUGCUGUGCCAUGACUUCCCUGAUGAAUUUGGCAUAUUCCUCAAUUACACUUGA